UUGCGUAGUGUGCACAUGCGUGCGGGGAAGAUGAGAGGAAGGCGCAGUAGGAGCCGCUCGGCUCGUGUGGAAAGCUCUCGUUCGCCCGUCAACGGAGAAGCAGCCAAGAAGCGGGUCAAGCAAGAGGUUCGCGCGGAGUUUUCUGCAGCUCUGAGGGAGCCGGCCCUGAAGGAGAAGGUGACCGCGGCUUGGGCCUGCCAGAAAGCGCUCGACCAUGAGGCCAUUGUCUUAGAUCCUGUUCCUUUCCAUCACUGUGUCAUCCCAAACUUCUUCCAAAAUGAGGACUUUUCAGAAGGUCUGCAAAAGGAACUUUUGAGCCUGGAUUUCCAUGAAAAGUGCAAUGACUUGUACAAAUUCAAGCAGUCUGAUGACCUGAAGAACAGAGGAGGGCCUUACAUCGCUGCUUUAAGAAAAGUUCUCUUUGAAGAGUUCCAGUCUUGGCUUUCUGAUGUAACCCAAGUGGAGCUGGAGCCAACCAUUGAUCUGUCCUGUGCCAAAUAUGAAUAUACAGAUGCCUUGCUCUGCCACGAUGACGAGUUGGAGGGACGGCGAAUUGCUUUCAUCCUUUACCUUGUACCACCAUGGGAUAAAAGUGAUGGAGGUACCCUGGAUCUGUUCAGCACAGAUGAUAACUUCCAACCCUUGGAGAUUGUCAAGUCUGUGAUCCCUUCAUGGAACUCGCUCACUUUCUUUGAAGUAUCACCAGUCUCUUUCCAUCAGGUGGCUGAAGUUGUUUCCAAAGAGAAGUGCCGCUUGUCUGUGAGCGGCUGGUUUCAUGGUCCCUCGGUGGCAAGGCCAGUGCGCUAUGUGGAACCACUUUUGCCACGGAGCCCCCACCUCCCUCGUGAUCAUGAAAUUUUAUAUGAUUGGAUCAAUCCAGUUUAUCUAGACAUGGAUUCCCAGGCCCAGAUCCAAGAGGAGUUUGAAGAUCGGUCUGAGACCCUGCUAAAGGAUUUUCUUAAGAGAGAGAAAUUUCAGCUCGUCUGUGAGGCUCUGAAGAAGGAAGGACUAAAAUGGAGCAGCAGGGGGCCCCCUAACAAAAGGUAUUAUGACAAAGCUGAAGAGGAGAGCCUGCCGGACAUCCUGAAAAAUUGCAUGGAGCUAUUCCGUUCAGAAGCCUUCUUCCUGCUCCUUUCCAACUUCACAGGCUUGAAGCUGCACUUUCUAGCUCCUGGGGAAGAAGACGAUGAACAGGAAGGGGAAGGAGAAAUUGCUGCAGCCGGGGAUUCUUCCAGACGCACACAAGGAGAAAGCAGCCAAGAGGAAACUGGCAGUCGGGAGUACACAGAGGCACACGGGAGCAUUUCUGACAACAAGGUCAACAGAGAGUGUGACUCAAGUGUCCCUCUGUGUACUGGAGAGCUGAGGCAUUGGACCAAAGGUUGCUACACUCUAGUCCAUGAUGCUGAAACAACAGAGUUCUCCCUAGAUCUGCUGCUUUUCUGUGGGUGUGAAGAUUGGGACGUGGAGUGUGGUGGCUUUACUUCAUACCUUGCAAAAGAUGAAGAUGAAGAGCUGCUGCUGAUCACUCCAGAGAUGAACUGUUUGGCCUUGGUUUAUAGAGACCCAGAGUCACUGAAAUUUGUGAAGUAUAUCAACCACCGUUGUUUGAAGCAAACAGCCAGAGAGACAGAGCAAACUGGAUUCUGGGACAUUUGCUUUGUUUACUAUGAAUGACAGUUGCCACAUGGACUCAAAGAGUUGUAUAGUUGGGUCCCGAGGGUCAUCUAAUCGGAUCCCCUGCAAUGCAGGAAUCUCAACUAGAUCUUAUAUGACAGGUGGCCAUCCAACCUCUGCUUAAAAGCAUCUAAGGA